AUGCAAGACUAUAUUCCCUAUAGUAACCAGGGUAAUGGUAAUCCAGAUGCUGAUGACGCAUCAAUUAUGGACAACUCAGCUAUAGGGAAGGAUGCUGAUAGCUUACCUAAAGCACAUGGGACGAAGAAAACUGAAAGUCUUAAUGCUAAAAUUGGGCAGUCAGUACAGCAAUCGUCAAAUUGUGCUGUUCCAGCCUCAUCGGCAACACCUUGUGAAUUCAGAGCGGAGGCUCAAUCAAGAUUGGACUCGGAUCUGUAUUUUUCUUAUAACAAGGACUUAAAUGUACCACUUGAUAUACACCAGAUAUAUGAGAUUUUUCUGGAUGUUGAACAUAUUUUUGGAUUUCAACGUCACAACUGUGAGAAUGUUUUUGAAUUGUUCAUGUCUCAACUCGAUUCUAAAUCAAGCAGAUUUUCAGCAGAGAAGUCAUUAAUUUUGUUGCACGCUGAAUACAUAGGCGGAGAACAUGCUAACUAUAGGAAAUGGUAUUUUUGCGCCAUGCUCGAUGAGGAUCCGGAGUUGUUAGAAGGUAUUGAUGGGGGUAAAUCUAAACUUAGAGAUUUCCAAAAUGAAUUCCCAAAUAUUGAUUUUUAUACAACGAAAAAAUCACAAAUUGUUGAAUAUAAUUGGAGGAGACGCAUGUACACGCUUACUGCCGCUGAUAUGGUAUACCAAGUUGCUCUAUAUCUAAUGAUUUGGGGCGAAGCAAACAAUAUGAGAUUUGCCCCAGAGUUGUUAUGCUUUAUUUUCAAGUGUGCUCUUGACCAUCUACAUAAUAUCAGAAGUACUUUGAAUAAACCAAAUUUUGAAGCCGGUGAUUAUUUAAAACGUGUAAUUACGCCCCUUUACGAAUAUUAUAGGGAUCAGCAAUAUAAGCAAGUUGCAGAUUUGUUUGUAAAGUCUGAAAAAGAUCAUGACAAGAUUAUUGGUUAUGAUGAUAUGAAUCAACUAUUUUGGUAUUACGACGGUAUUAAGAGCUUAGAGGUGUCUAACCCCGAGAAAAGUAGCUUCAUAAGUAUUGCAAAGGAAGAUAGAUAUGGUUAUUUGCACAAUGUCUCAUGGGCAAGAUCUUUUUACAAAACGUAUAAGGAGAAACGAUCAUGGUGGCAUGUUGUGACAAAUUUCAGCAGAAUAUGGAUCAUUCAUCUAAAUGUGUUUUGGUAUUAUUCUAGCUUUAAUUCACCAACCUUAUACACUUCGAAUUACAACUACUUAUUAGACAAUCCACCCACACCUCAGGCAAGAUUUUCUGUUGUUUCAUUGGGAAGUAGCAUUGGCUGUUUGGUGGAGAUUUUGGCAACAAUUUUUGAGCUUAGUUAUGUUCCAAGAAAAUGGCCAGGAAGACCUAGUUUGUGGAAGAGAAUAUUUCUGUUGAUCAUUAUCACUAUUAUCAAUUUUGCCCCCUCGAUCCUAAUCCUAGGUUAUAUUCCAUUGGAUGCUACUUCACGCGUUGGAUAUCCAUUGUCCAUAAUGCAAUUCAUCAUUUCUCUUCUUACUACACUGCUGCUAUCAAUUCAAGCGCCAUUUACCAUGUUUAGCUUUUAUUUCUCUAAAAAAAUGAUUUACGACCCAAUAAAAGUGUUUACUUCCGCUUUCCCGAAUCUAGGUAAGUCAGGUAGAGUCACUUCUGUUAGUUUAUGGAUAUUAGUUUUUGGUGCUAAAUUCACGGAAUCAUACCUUUUUCUAACACUUUCCUUGAGAGACCCCAUUCGGAACUUGAGUAUACUAGAUUCGUCAAGAUGUUAUGGUGAUAUUUUUAUCAAAGACACUCUUUGCAAAUACCAAAAUGUUUUUGUUCUAUUCUUGAUUUUACUAACUGAUUUGGUUUUAUUCUUCUUGGAUACUUACCUUUGGUAUAUCAUAUGGAAUUGCAUUAUUUCACUAUCGAUAUCUUUAUCCAGCGGAAUUUCGAUGCUAUCGCCAUGGAGGAACAUUUUCACAAGUCUUCCAACACGUAUUCAUUCUAAACUUUUGGCAACAUCCAAGCUGGAGAUCAAGUACGAUUCGGUGCUUUUGAUUUCGCAAAUAUGGAAUGCAUUUGUCAUAUCUCUCUAUAGGGAACACUUAAUUUCACAAGAUCAGGCUCAUAAAAUGUUGUAUUCAUUGGUACCCGAUGAUGCAACAGGCAUAAUGUCUUUGAAGGCCCCUUCUUUUUUCCUUUAUCAAGGUGACAGUGGCAGGGACGUUACCGACUACUUUGCUUUAAACUCAGAAGCAGAAAGAAGAAUUUCUUUUUUUGCACAGAGCUUGAGUACUGCAAUUCCUGAACCUAUUCCCGUCGAAUCCAUGCCUCAGUUUACUGUUUUCAUUCCACAUUAUUCCGAAAAAAUUCUUAUGGAACUAAAAGAAAUCAUAAGACAAGAUUCGAAUUCGAAAAUGUCAUUAUUAGAGUAUCUAAAAACCAUGUAUCAUCAUGAAUGGAAAAACUUUGUUUUGGACACCAAAAUUUUGGCAACAGCUAAACUUUUAUCAGAAAGUGAAAAAGAAUAUACACCAAAAGUUUCUACUUCAAGCGCAACAUCUAAUGUAGGUUCAGUGAAAACUGAAAAGGAUUUUGUCGACAAUAAAAUUAAUGACUUGCCGCUAUAUUGCAUUGGCUAUAAAACCUCUGCGCCUGAAUACAUUUUAAGGACAAGAAUUUGGGCAUCUUUACGAACUCAAACACUCUAUAGGACAGUUUCCGGAUUUAUGAACUAUUGCAAGGCUAUCAAACUAUUACAUAAAGUUGAAAAUCCAGAACUGGAAGAAUAUUUUGGUGAUGCCAAAACAUUUGAAAAUUAUUUGGAAAUGCUGGCCUCCAGAAAAUUUAGAUUGUUAGUGUCAAUGCAGAGACUACAAGAGUUUAAUGACUCAGAGGAAGAAAAUUUGAAAGUUAUGAUUAACACUUAUCCAUCUUUGUUCAUAUCAUCACUUAACAAAGAAAUCGAUCCUGAAACAAAUGAAACAAAGUUUUACUCGGUCUUAUAUGAAGUCGAAGUCAAAAGGUGCAAUGAUGACUCAAUGAGAAAUGAAAAUAUGCUAAAGGAGAAAUUUAAGAUUUUGUUGUCAGGAAAUCCAAUUCUAGGGGAUGGUAAAUCUGACAAUCAAAAUCUAUCAGUUAUAUACUAUAGGGGUGAAUUUAUUCAAGUAAUCGAUGCCAACCAAGAUAACUAUAUUGAAGAAUGCAUGAAAAUACGCUCUGUGUUAGCGGAGUUUGAAACAAUGGAGAAUGAUCCAGAUUAUCCAUAUAUCCCUUCAGUGAACUAUAAGAACAAAAGUCCAGUUGCCAUCUUGGGAGCUAGAGAGUAUAUAUUUUCAGAAAAUUCUGGUGUUUUAGGCGAUGUUGCAGCUUCUAAAGAGCAAACCUUUGGUACCAUGUUUGCUCGUACUUUGUCCGCAAUCGGUGGCAAACUUCAUUACGGCCAUCCCGACUUUUUAAAUGCCGUAUUUAUGUGUACAAGAGGUGGUGUAUCAAAAGCGCAAAAAGGUCUUCACUUAAAUGAAGAUAUAUAUGCUGGUAUGAAUGCCAUCUGUAGAGGUGGAAGAAUUAAGCACUGUGAUUAUUACCAAUGUGGUAAAGGACGUGAUUUAGGAUUCAACUCAAUUUUAAAUUUCACAACAAAAAUUGGAGGAGGAAUGGGAGAGCAAUUGUUAUCUAGAGAAUACUAUUACAUUGGUACCCAAAUGCCGCUUGAUAGAUUCUUGUCAUUUUAUUACGCACAUCCAGGGUUCCACCUUAAUAAUCUAUUUAUCAUGUUUUCUUUGGAGGUGUUCUUGUUGACUGUCGUUAAUUUAGGUGCCAUGAAUCACGAAUUGGUAUCGUGCAUUUACAAUAAGGAUACUCCUAUAACUGACUUACAACUUCCCGUUGGCUGUCACAACUUACAGCCGGUUUUGGAUUGGGUCUACCGAUACGUUUUAUCUAUUUUCAUUUGUUUUUUCAUAUCAUUUGUUCCCUUAGUUAUGCAUGAAUUGUCCGAAAGAGGGUCCUGGAAAGCUUUCAGUAGAUUACUCAUGCACUUUUUAUCUUUGUCCCCGAUUUUCGAGGUUUUUGUCUGUCAGAUCUAUACAGAUUCUUUGAAGAAGGAUAUCAUUUUCGGAGGUGCUAGGUAUAUUUCCACCGGACGAGGAUUUUCUAUAACCAGGACUUCGUUUACUGGGCUUUAUUCAGCUUACGCCCCAACUGCGAUAUAUUCCGGGGCAAGAUUGUUUUUGAUGCUCGUAUUUGUGACUAUCACUAUGUGGCAAGUUUCAAUUUUAUGGUUCUGGAUUACGCUAAUCUCCUUGACAAUUUCACCAUUCUUAUUCAAUCCACAUCAAUUUUCUUGGACUGAUUUCUUUUUAGACUACAGGGAAUUUGUGAGGUGGCUCAGUCGAGGAAAUUCCAAAUGGCAUAGUCGGUCAUGGAUCAAUUACACCAGGAUUACGCGUUCCAAGUUUACAGGUUUCAAAAGAAACAAACUAAAAAAAGGAACAGAUAGAAUUCAAGAAGAGAACAGAAAGGCUCCAUUUGUGAAUGCAUUGUUUGCAGAGGUUUUUGUACCGAGUGUCCAGGCUUUUUUUAUUGCCGUUUCCUAUUUGUACAUGAAUUCACAAUCAGGCGUUGAGAAUCCCCAAGAUGUUCAUUUACUCUUUAGAUUGAUUCUUGUUACAUUAUGUCCUCUGGUUUUGAAUUCUUUGAUAUUAGUCUUGAUACUUUUUUUUUCUUUAUUGACUGGACCCGUCUUGGGAAUUUGCUGCAAAAAAUUCCCCGGUGUUCUGGCUGCUACAGCGCAUAUAGGAGCUAUUUUAGCCCAUGUUAUCACAUUUGAACUAAUUUUGGUUUUGGAAAGUUUUAGCUUUUGUAGGGCAUUGAUUCUAUUUAUCUCGGCCACUUUCAUCCAAAGAAGUAUCAUGCAAAUAAUCAAGCUACUUUUACUAAGUCGUGAACUAAAGGAAGACUUGAGCAAUAGGGCGUGGUGGUCAGGUAAGUGGGUGCAUUUAGGAAAAUAUGCAUUGACCCAACUCUUCAGAGAGUUUAUCGUUAAAAUUAGUGAGAUGAGUUUAUUUGCUGCUGACUUUUGUAUUGGGCAUGCCAUACUAAUAGUGCUAACGCCUGCAUUAUUCGUUCCCUAUAUUGACCAUUGGCAUUCUUGUAUGAUAAUGUGGAUCAACCCAUUAUACAAGCUACGACAGCCAAUCUUUACAACAUCGAGGGAAAAAAUGAGGAAACGAGAGGCAAGUAAAUAUGCAGCUCUUUACUUUGCAAAUUUGCUAUUCUUUGCUAUUAUCUUGCUAACUCCAAUGGUUGUUACGUUAGGGUUUGAAGACCACUUGGUAAAGAUGUUACCACAAGAGUCCUACGGGUUGAUUCAGCCUAACCAUCAAGACAACAACGAUACAGGCACACGGGCACCUAAACACAUCAUGAGGUCCAAACCUGCAGUCAAAACCGUCAGUACAUUCUGGCUGUGA